GGGCGGCCAGGGGCAUUGGGGCCAGUAGGACCCGGUGGACCAGAGGGGUUCACAGGCGACCAAGGGCCUUUAGGGCCAAAAGGAGAGAAGGGCCACGUCGGGCGCAUGGGCCCCUCUGGGCUGAAAGGAGACAAGGGGCCCAUGGGCGUACCAGGGUUCCCAGGAAACGACGGAGUCCCAGGUCACCCAGGUCAGGACGGUGGCAGGGGUUUACCAGGGUUUGAUGGAUGUAACGGUACCCAGGGAGACCCGGGUCCCAGAGCUCUAGACGGAGGAAUACCUGGAGCUUCAGGACUCCCUGGGCCUAAGGGUCCUCAAGGGCAGAAGGGAGAACCUGUAUAUGUUGGAACCAAAGGGGGAGCUCCUGGUUUGCCUGGACUGGACGGUGUACCUGGCAUACGGGUCCCACCCGGACCCGAGCGGCCCGGCGACGAGCCCUCUAGUAGCUCAUCUAUUACCAACUAUCUACACAAGGAGAUAAGGUCCUCCUGGUUUUUAAUGGACCUCCCGGAUCUCCAGAAGACCGACGGGAUUCACAGCAGUCCAGGGUUCCCCGGGCAACCAGGCUACGGUGGACCUAAGGGUGCCCAGGGGAACAGGGGCCUCCGGACCCCCCAAUCUACGCAGACACACAAGGGGCUGUUCAAGGAGCACCAGGUGACAACGGUAUCGACGGCUUCCCCGGCCAACCAGGGGGAAGGGGGUUACAAAGGAGUACGUGGACCAUCUGGUAGACCCGGCCCACCUGGUCCUUUUGGCUAUCCUGGCGAGAAGGGAGAGAAUGGAAUUCUGGGGUAUCCAGGGGGACGGGGUCCUCCUGGUUUUAAUGGACCUCCCGGAUCUCCAGGAAGACCCGGAUUCACAGGCAGUCCAGGGUUCCCCGGGCAACCAGGCUACGGUGGACCUAAGGGUGACCAGGGGGAACAGGGGCCUCCCGGACCCCCCAUCUACGCAGACACACAAGGGUUGGCUGUUCAAGGAGCACCAGGUGACAACGGUAUCGACGGCUUCCCCGGCCAACCAGGUGACGCUGGCACUCCAGGGUUUCCAGGACAACCAGGACGACCAGGCGACUCCUUCGGCGAUGGUCGAGGAGGCAGCCCAGGGUUCCCUGGUACACUGGGGCCUAAGGGAGAGAGGGGUAACCCCGGCAGACAGAGCUACGGCCCUGAGGGCCUACCAGGAGGACCAGGCUUACCAGGACCCCCCGGACCUCCCGGACCAACAGGCAGAUCUGGUACGUUACGGCUUACCAGCAACAUAAUCGAGUCCAACCAGAAUUUUGCAAUUCUGCGAUUACAAAAUGUUUUGCAAAAUCAACAACCCCCUCCCCCUAUUACUAAAUGUUUUUACAUCCCUCCAAAUACCUGUCACUAUCAUUCAUAUCACUAUCAUUCAUUAUGUCAUCCACAAAUACCUGUAUGACUACCAUUCAUUAUGUCAUCCACAAAUACCUGAUUCACUAUCAUUCAUUAUGUCAUCCACAAAUACCUGUUUCAGGUUUG